UAUCCUCUCUCUCAUCUCUUAUCAUGCAAUUUACGAUCGAUAUAAAACAAAAUACUCAUAUGAAUUUUCUCAACAUAACAAAAAUGGAGGAAUGGUGUGAGUCAAUGCCAAAGGUUGAACUGCAUGCUCAUCUCAAUGGAUCCAUCAGAGUCUCUACACUCCUAAAACUUGCCAAGGCUUUGAAUGAAACUCAAAAGGAUGCUAUAAAUUUCUCUCAAAUGGAACAUGUCAUCAUGAAAAAUGCUCUUUCAUUGACAGAAGUAUUCCAUAUGUUUGAUCUAAUUCACAAUGUUAUUACUGAUCAUAACAUUGUUACAAGAAUCACAAAAGAGGUCAUUGAGGAUUUUGCAUCUGAUAAUGUUGUUUAUUUGGAGUUGAGGACUACUCCAAAGAGAAACGAUUCGAUUGGAAUGAGCAAACGCUCGUACAUUGACGCUGUGAUCGAAGGUCUAAAAUCAGUUAGUUCAGUUGAUGUCGAUUUCAUUCCAAAGACGGAAGAUUCUAAAAGUUUUAUCAAUGAUAAGUUCAAUGGGAAUUCGAGAAAAAGAAUCAUUGUUAGGCUUAUCUUGAGCAUCGACCGCAGAGAAACAACGGAAGCAGCUAUGGAAACUGUUAAGCUUGCAUUGGAAAUGAGGCAUUUCGGUGUAGUUGGAAUUGAUCUCUCUGGAAAUCCGAAAACUGGUGAAUGGACUACGUAUUUACCGGCGCUGAAAUUCGCGAGAGAACAAGGUCUUAAUGUAACACUUCACUGCGGAGAGAUACGAAAUCCGAAAGAGAUAAAGAACAUGCUUGACUUUCAUCCCCAAAGGAUUGGACAUGCUUGUUUCUUCGAGGACGAGCAUUGGAGAAGGAUGAAAUCUUCUAAAAUUCCGGUUGAAAUUUGUUUGACAUCAAACAUAAGGACAUUCUCUGUUGCAUCUAUAGAUGUUCACCAUUUUGGUGAUUUGUACAAGGCAAACUAUCCUUUAGUCCUAUGUACUGAUGACACAUGUGUAUUCAGUACAAGUCUCUCCAAAGAAUACAAAUAUGCUGCUGAUUCAUUUGGAUUGGGAAAGUGGGAAAUGUUUGAAGUAUCAAGGAAUGCUGUGGAGCAUAUAUUUGCAGAUAAUGGAGUGAAGAAUGAUUUAAGAAAAUAUUUUCAUUCAGUGUCAAAGAAUAUGGAAGUGUAAGUGAAUGUUUUUAUUUAUGGUACUAAAAUAAUGGACACAAACUAUAUUUUGCUGCAAAAGUUUAUAACUGAAUUCAUGGGGAGUCAAAUCGUUCACACUCUAAUGGUACUUGAGAUUUGGUUUUCUGAACGUUGGAUAUUAUGUUUGAAAAUUGGUGCUACUUUUCGCACCUUCAAUGUCAAAACAGAUGUAUAUCCAUGUGGAAAAUCCACCAUUUUUGUUGUUA